AUGCCGCCUUCGUGGCUUUCAUCGUUCGCGCCUGCCGCCGCCGGGUUCGUGCUGGGCGUGCUGGCGCUCACCGCUCACUCGCACGCGCAGCGGCGGCGGCCGCGGCGAAGGCGGCGAGUCUUCGUCUCCGGCUGUUUUGACCUAUUGCACUCGGGCCACGUUGCCUUCUUCGAGGAGGCUCGCUCCACCCGUACCGCCGCCGCUCUGGGCGAGCUGCACGUCUCCGUCGGCAACGACGCCAACGUCACCGCCCUCAAGGCUGCGCCCAUGUUUCCAGAGGCUGAGCGGGUGUACAUGGUUGGCGCGAUCCGGUGGGUGUCGCACGCGUUUGUCGCCAGGGGCAUGGGGCACGACCAGGGCCGCCCGGGAAUCGCUGCGGUGCGACUGGGCGGAAGAGGCGACCAGCCGAGCAAGCGGCAGCAGUGCGCCGAGCGGGGCAUCGAGUACGUCGUGGCGAAGCGCGCGCCGCAGGCGGGGCUGCACGCCCGCUCGUCCACCUCCAUUAAGGCGAGCCUCGCGGCGGCCAAGAAGAAGGGGUGA